ACAGAUACAAAUUCAACUGAGCAUUCCGUAUAACAUGGCAUGCUUGACUAAAUUUAAGAAAAUCCCACAUUAACAUUUCAGAAUUCUGAUAAAUCAUUAUAACCUCCACUCACACUCAGUUGUCAGACGUACCAACUAUGAGCACGAGUUUGCAUAUUAUGAAACAAAUGUUGACUGCUGUGAUGUGGGAUAUGACAUUUUAAACACCCAAUGGACGGGCACGCAUAGUGCCCUCGGCUUUGCCUUGGGGCGCUACAUGUAUGUAUCCCUCAGGUGUUCAUAUCAUCAUAUCUCACAUCACAGCAGUCAACAAUUGUUAUGUCACACCUCUGUCUUCAUUACAUUGAGACUGAGGAAUUUAUCCAAAGAAACGUGUUCUAAAUUUCAGAAGUUCAGAAGAGGAUAGGCCUACUGUCAAGCGGUAUAAGUAACACAGCAGUCAAAAAUGAGAUGUGGACGGCAAAGCUCACAAACACCACCAUUCUAGGGCUAAAGCUUGGAUACAUAAACCAGACCACUAUUUCCCAAAAGAUCUAAAAAAUAAUCAAUUUUCAAGAAAUGGAAAAGAAUGUGGGCGUGGAGUUUAAGUUUCGGACUUGAUGAACAGCGCCCCCAAAUACAUGUACAGAUGUAAUUGAGUUGACCAUGAGUUGACUAACGUUAGGCAAUGUCAAAACAGUAUUCAGUAAAACUUACUUUGUAAACGCAAAAUAGAUUGUGGCUGCAAGCGCACCUACGAGGAGGGUCUGAGCCCGAUGGUUGAAGAAUGAAAGAUCACUGCCAUGGCAACCAAGAUUCUUUUGACAACGAGCACAUACAGCCGACUUCUAGCUCGUUGCAGUCGUACCCAUUGUCGGCCUUUGUUAAAGAAAUCCCCGAGAUGUUUCACCUCCAGUUUUCCCACCAUGUCCCAGCCGAUUGUCACAAAGCUUCAUGAAUAUCAUCCCCACAGGCAUGACGGGCAAUUAAGGAGCAUUUCUUGUGUCCAAAGAGCAACUAGAUCUGAGCAUGAUGCUUUUCUACGGUUAAACAAGGCACCACCGUAUGGCCUCCUCAACAAACGAUUGUUAUCGGACUCAAAGACUGAAGAAGAAAAUAAGGAAUCAGUGUCAUCAACCACAGAUACUGAGAAAGACAACCUGCAGUCACAAACUUUGAAAAAGACUGUUGGCAAACAGCUAAGGAAAUGUUCUGAAUCUCCCACUGAAGAAACUGAGACGGUUGUUUUGGACAGACAAAGUGAAGUUAAUGACCAGGAGGAAAGGGCAGAAACUUAUUCAAAGCUGCACCGCUUUGGAUCAGAAACUGGGGAUGUCAUUGAAACAUCCGAGGACAUCACUGAAACGUCUGAGGACAUCACUGAUAUUUCUGAGGACAUUAAUAGAACUGUGUCUAGCAGUUUGGUAAUCAGGACCAAACCUGAUGAGAAUGAAUUGGAUCGUGACUGGGGUACAGUGGACAUUCUUGCCGAGCGGGAGUCCCCGACGGUUUUGGAAGAAUUUAUUCAGCCAUUACUCCCGACAGAAUCACUAUCGCUGGCUGCAUAUGCUGACCACUCCCCCACUCUGCAGAAGCUAACUGAGCUCGGGGUGGACCUGUCCAAGGUCGAGAAGAAGGCCAAGAUCGGGAAUGCACUGAUCAAGAUGGAUUUUGACAGGGACAUCAAGGAUAAGAUUGUUCUCUUGGACUCGGCAGGAGUAACGUCCAGCAAGUCCCUGGGCCGAUUCUUGACCAUCAACCCUUUUGUGCUGACCGAGGACCUGGAGAAUCUGGAGACGAGGUUGAGGUACCUGCGAUCGAAGAAGUUUUCGGACGAUGCUAUCACCCAAGUCUUGACCAGAGCUCCUUACUUCUUAAGUUUCUCGGUUGACCGCCUAGAUAGCAAGUUGGGAUUUUAUCAGAAAGAGUUGAGCUUGACUGGAGAUGAAAUUAGACAUAUUAUCACCAAAACACCUAAGUUGGUGACCUUCAAGAUCCAACGAGUCAAGGAAAGCAUCUUUGUGUUUCGUCGGCAGCUUGGGUUCACAACGUCUGAACUCAAGAAACUUGUUCUGGCCGAACCAAAGCUCCUCCUUAGAGGCAAAGAGAAGCUGAUUGGUGUGUUUGACUACCUACACAACCACAUGGGCAUCCCUCACAAGCAGAUAGUGAAGAACCCCCAGGUCUUCAAUGGAAGAGCCUUCAAGCUACAGGAAAGGCAUCAGUUCCUGAAAUUGCUUGGCCGCGCCCAGUACGACCCCACCCAGCCUGGCUACGUGGCCCUCGAACACCUCUCAAAGGUGCCAGAUGCCGUCUUCUGUCAAGACAUUGCAAAGUCCUCCAUCGAAGUGUACAAUGAUUUCCUGAAGACUCUGUGAAAAAGUUCUGACAUAAUGGACCAGUUAGACUGUGACUGUGAACUCAUAAAACUGUGGUGUAUAAAAUAGCAGUGGCCCAAAAGGGGCGUGGCCAGAGAAUUCAGUAUGGAGAAGGCUGUUCAAUGUGACGUGUACAAGCUCACAACUAGUAGGAACUGAAUGCUGUCUUUAUGUAAUGAGUGCAUGUACAUCUCAAAGUCUUAUCACAGAUUGGUUUAAGUUCAAAUGCAAUUUAUCUUAACUAAUCUUAAGUUUCAGUAUGCUGGUCAAAGUGGUUGAAACACCCACAUGACAAGUUUUCAGCCAGAAAAAAUCUUGAAAUUCCUGCAACAGUAAUAAACUUAAAAUAUUAUUUGCAAGAAGUUUUGUUCGGUAUGUCAAAAUUAAAGCAUGUUACUCUUGUGCAAUGUCCAUUUGGAAAGUGAUGAAGGAUUGAAACCUGUGUCAUGUGACUGUCACAUGGUUUGACUGGUAUAAGAAUAAACUUUUAACCUUUGACCUUUGAAUUAUGAAAA